UGCUCAGCAUUCAUAAUCGGUGAAGAGGAGCACCUCAUAAUCAUUCUGGGCGCUUCACUAUCGUUCUCGCUGAUAAUUCGCGUCAUUCGAACCGUCUCAACGUUAUUUUCAUUUACCUCAUCAAUGUGGGAUAUUUUCAUGUUCUGUUUGAUCACAGCACAUGCCCUAUCAUUCUUUUCUAACAGCUAUAUCGUGUUCGAGUCAUCCGCGAUACGUGAGUUGAAGAUGGCGCGUUUCCUGUUUGGUAUUUUUGUUGUGGGAGGUGCUUUGCAUUAUGGAGCAAAAUCUUUGAAUAUUCAUCCGUCAGAAGUGUGGAAUUCGUCGCUACUUUUCCCAGCUCCCCUUACCAUAGUGCUUCAUUGGAUGACGUACUGGUUGUCCGAAGAGAUGGCAGCCCGUAAUCCUCAAUUUCCACUCUUAACUGCUCAGAUUGUUUAUGGCUUAUCGACCUUGAGUAUAAUACUUCUGGCCUGUCGCAUUACAGUGGGAGAAAACAUUACGAAUAUGUAUGGCUGCUCUCUAUCCUAUUUAUUCUCCAUAGCUGCCUCUUUAAUACUAAUUCUGGGCGAUGGCCUUGUAUUUAGUUUUGUCACUCUUAUUGUAAUAAUGUUCCUCAUCCGACAUGUUACCGAGGAUGAGCAUUAUCAACUAACGAUCAUUGUGCUGUUGAUGUCGCACGGCUUCUUCGCGCUAUCGCACCAACCAGUAUUCUCAUCGAUUCCAUGGCAAGCGGCCUUCAUCGGUAUCCCGGGUAAUUUCUCAUGGCAAGCAUUGCCAGCCACACUGGUCAUUAUGCAUAUCUUCGCGGCCCAUAUUAUCGUUUGUGCUGCACUGCCAAUGUUCAUGACUCAACAACUGGAGCAUCAUUACGGCCUAGCUCAUUGGUCUUACAAACUACUCUUCUUUUAUUCCCUGAAGGUUUGUAUAACUCUUCUCAUCGUCUUCAAAUUAUUUACUUUUUCCACCUAG